GUCGCUAAGUAGCGGGCGGGAAGCGCGGUCGCCAUGUCCUCGCGCUCUCUGCCCUCCCCGGGCUCCGCUGUCAGGCUGCGCGUGUCCUACGUGGAAGCCAGCGCCGAGCUGUCUCUGGUCCGCCUGUGGGGCGGUGAGGGUGAGCUGUCCGAGGAGUACCGCCGGCUGCGGGAGCACCUCCAGUCCGCGGCCCCGGCCUACCCGUCCCAGCCGGCCCCCGCGGGCCCCGCCGAGCUGUGUGUGUUGGAGCUGGGCGGCCUGUGGCUGCGCUGCCAGCUCCUCCAGCCCGGCCCGGCCCCCGAGCUCAGGGUCUUCCUCCUGGACCUGGGCUACUCGUGCUCAGCCUCGGCCGCCAAGCUCCGCCAGGCCCCGGCCGCCAUCUUCCGGCUGCCCCCCCAGGUGCGGGGUUACGUGCUGCCCAACCUGCUGCCCCAGGACCGGCAGAGCUGGAGUGAGCCGGCCCUCAGCUUCCUCAGCUCCCUGCAGGGACAGCUGGUCAGUGGGCUGGUCAAGGACCUCAUCCUGCCCAAGGGCAUUGUCCUGCUGGAGGUGCCCGCCGUCAGCAAGCAGCUGGUGGAGCUCGGCCUGGCCAGGCCCCUGCCGGACUCUGCCUUCCGCGCCAUCCUCGAGAGGUUCCUCAAACCGCCAGAAGCCACCGUGAUGUUCCCGUCCAACGCCGUCAUGCCAGGGAUGGUGAUGGCACCUCCUCCGCCUCCGUCUGCUCCGCCAGCCUGGGGGAUGGACUACUUCUACCCGCAAAUCCAAGUCGGCGUGACCGAGCCGGUCAUCGUUACCCAAGUAUGUGACCCGCAGCGCAUAUAUUGCCAGCUGAGGAGCCUGUCCAACGAGGUACAGCGGCUCUCGGAAAGCAUGAACCAUUACUACGAGAUGCAGACCAGCUACAUGGACCCCAACGUGCCGCUUUCUUUUGUGCUGGGACAGCCGUGUGCUUCCCGCAGUAAGGACGGACAUUGGCACCGCUCGCUGCUGCAGGAAUACCUACCGGACAAGCACUUGGCUACGGUCAUCCACGUAGAUUGGGGACGCAAAGAGAUUAUCCCUGUGACUGCUUUACGUACCCUUGCACCUGAUUACUUUCGUAUGCCGAUUGUAACGUUCCCCUGCUCGCUGUAUGGAGUGUCAGAUGAAGGCACAGGAUGGGAUCCUCCACAGCUCUUUGAACUUCGUUCUUUACUCUUUGGAAGACCACUUACUGCUAAAAUUGAGUUUUAUAACUCAUAUGCACAUUUGUAUGUGGUCAACUUGUUUGGAGAUGAUGGCCUCAAUGUAAACUCAAUGUUCAAUAUGAGGGCUCAGACAAUGAACGUCUGUAAGACCAGUAAGCUAGUGGCUGAGAAUACACCAAAAGAAGACGAAAGCAGUAAAGCAAAAGUGGAGACCCAAGGAACUCCCGAGCAACAAUUCUAUGUACCUACAAUCUCUACUUUAGAACUUGACACUGGUACUUUUUAUGAUGCACUAGUGGAAUUUGUCAUUGACCCAUCUAAUUUCUGGAUAAAGACUACAGAAAAUGCUACACAGUAUAAUGAAAUUGUGGACAGCAUCACUGCAUUGUACUCAAAGGCAUCAAAACUAGAGGGUAUCAUAGCAAAGCCUCAGAAGGGACAAUUGUGCUGCACAAAGUUUGCAAAUAACCAGUAUUUCCGUGCUGAAGUAGUGGCAACACAUGGGAAGCAAGUUGAAGUAUAUUUUAUUGAUCAUGGCAAUACAGAAAUUGUGAACUGGUAUGAUGUCAAGAAAUUACCUGCACAGUACAGUGACAUGCCUGGCCUAGCCAUACAUUGUAGUUUAGCAGAUAUCUACCCAAUGGACAAGUGCUGGAGUUCCGAAGCCAUCCUUGCUUUUAAAGUGGCAGUAGUUGAUAAGAAACUGGUUAUUUAUGUAAUCUGCAAAGAGUCCCAUAAAUAUGUUAUAGAAGUACUCGACCAAUCCAGAAUAGAAGAAAGGAGUGUGGGUAAAAUCCUUUCUGCUGCAGGACAUGCAAAGUAUGUAGAAUGUGAACCUGUGGACCACAUUCCUAAACUGCUUACAGCUAUGACUAUUGGAAAGAGAAAAAAGUUCCAGGCUGGUGAUACUGUUUCCCUUAAAAACCCCGUUAGCACACUUGAAAAGGUCAAAGAGAUUAAGCCUGCUCAAUCAAUGGGAGAUAAUGUUGAAAACGUGCAGCGCUCUCCAUUUGCAUCUCUGGUUUUUGAGCCAGGCACUACAAUAGAAGUGGCGGUGUCCUUUGUUGAGAGUCCUGGUUUGUUUUGGUGUCAAAAUAUUGCACACAUUUCAAAGCUAGAAAGCCUGAUGUAUAAAAUACGAGAUUAUUGCUCAAAUGCUAGUUGUCCUUUUGAUGGAAGUUCACCUGGCUGCAUUGCUCGCAGCCCGAGUGAUGGACAGUGGUACAGAGCAUUUAUAACCAAAAUGCCUUGUUUGCCCGCUUCAGAAACUAUCGAGGUUCAGUAUGUUGACUAUGGUAACAAAGAAACUGUUCCAGUGAAGGAUCUCCGUGCAAUCAGCAGUGAAUUCCUUCAUUUGCGCGCCCAAGCUUUUAAGUGCAGCCUGUACAACAUCAUUGCACCGAUUGGCAACAAUGCUUUUUGUUGGGACAAAAGAGCAACUGCAGCUUUUAAUGAAUUUGUUGACAGAGCCUCAGGAAAGCUGAUUCAGUUCUAUUGUAUGUUUUUUGCUUCCGCCUUAUUGGAGAACAAACUCUUUAACAUUGUAGAUUUAUUUACUCCGUUUACCAGCAUUUCCAGUUUGUUAGUAGAUCGAGGUUUUGCCACUCGUUUGUCUCACAAAACAUUGGAUCCCUCUGUACAGCUGCAUUCCUAUUUUUACUCGAUGCAUGACAUUAAAAUAGGGAGCGAGGAAGAGAUUUAUAUCACCCAUAUAACGUCUUCCUUGGAAUUUUACUGUCAACUUUCCAGGAAUACCGAAGUUAUUGAAACAAUUUCUUCUACUGUUAAACAGGUGGCCAGUGACACUCUGCAUUAUAAAAUGUCAAAGAAUCCUAGCCCUUUGUGUCUUGCCAAAUUUACUGAUCAGCAGUGGUACCGUGGAUUUAUCUGUGGCGCAAGUAAUCCCAAGAUAUUCUUUGUGGAUUUUGGAAACACUGAUAAAGUUGAGGACAAAAACGUGCUUCCUAUAAAAUCAAACGCCUACGAAUUGCUUCUUUCCCCAAUGCAAGCUAUAAAGUGCUCCCUUUCUGAUAUUCCUCCAAACGUUCCAGAUGAAAUUGUCUCUUGGUUUGAGAAGACUGUCCUGGACAAGCCAUUGAAAGCAUUAGUUGUGGCUAAAGAAACUGAUGGGAAGCUGGUAGUCGAGCUGUAUGAUGACAGUCAACAGAUUAAUGCAAGCCUCAAAAAGAAACUAGGUUUAAAAACUCAGCAAAGCACUGGACUUCCUUUGUCACAUACACAGUCAGCAAAGAUGGAAAAUAAUGACUCAAGACAAAAUCCAUGUCAUGCAGAUAAAGUACCAGCAAGAGGUUCUGCUGCAAAUCCUCGCACGCGUAAUUUAAAAACUGAGGAAUUGGCACCUGUGCAUAGUGCGUCAUACAGUGGUAAACAAACCACAGGAUUACCUACAAAUGAUAAAGAUUUCACGGUUAUACCACGGCAGAAUAGAAAACUACCAAAGGCAAUGUGUACUUCAGGAGAGACCUCCCGAGUGUCUUUUACACCUCUGACAAAAUUAAGUGACUUGCCCAAGAAGAGUAUUUACCCAGGAUUAAAUUUGCCUGUAUUCAUUUCCCACAUAAACUCAGUUUAUGAUUUCUAUGUGCAGAGUGCUCAAGACCAGGAACUCUCUAAUAUUUCUGAGAUGCUGAAUAAAGAAAACAAAAAAUCGUCUGAGCUGCUUUCAGAAAAAGAUGUUUGUGUGGGAGAUGUGGUGUGUUCCUAUUUUGCGGAUGAUGAGUUGAAUUACCGUGCUGUCAUAAGAGCAAAAAAUUCAGAUGGCUUGCACGUUGAAUAUAUAGAUUAUGGAAACACUUCUGUGGUUCCUGUUAAUAAAAUAUCCAGACUCCCCAAGGAACUAUGUUCUUACCCAGUAAUGAGUUGUCACUGUGCUCUUUAUACGCCCAGCUCUGCAAUGUCUGGAUUUAACGUGGACGAUCUCAUACUUAAGUUUUCUGAAAGAACAAAUGAUAUCCAGUUAACUUGUGAAUUUUUGCAGCAGUGUGAUGAGAAGUGGGACGUUCGGCUUUGUGAUGACCGUGGUUGCAUUAAUGAUUUCAUGACUUCAAUUUCAGAAGAACCCUUGUCAACAGAACCUGAUGAAGAUUUGUCUAUAAAGAGCACUGGAAAAUUACCUGAUGAAGAAGCUACAGCAUUCAAGUUUUUUGUUUGGAACCUGCCACAAAUUGGUGAAACGGUGCAGGUCUAUGCUAGUACUGUUGAUAGUCCCGAACAUUUUUGGUGUCAGUUAACAACUUCAGAUAUAGAUGGAUUAGCAGCUAAAAUCCAAGAGGCUGGCGAGGUGUCUCUCAAAGAUGAAAACUUUAAUUCCUCUCUUGAAAUUGGCUCUCCAUGUAACGUAAUGUCUAGUGAUGAUAGCAACUGGUAUAGGGCAAUUGUUGCCAACAUAGAUAAAGAUCUCGUAACCAUAAGAUUUGUAGAUUACGGUAAUGAAGAGACCGUUGGCUUUGAGCAAAUACGAGAACUCCCAAGCUUACUUGGAGUGGUACCUGUUCUGGCAUUCCCAUGUGCUCUGGCAGGAUUUAACUUUUCUGAAGGAAGCUGGACUUCAGAAGCAAAUACAAUUUUCUAUGAAAAAGUGACUGAAGAUCAUUUAGAAAUAUCAGUUGUUGACGUUAAAGAUCUUGGAAUAUCCAAUGUACCAUUGCUGUUUGUGAAUGUGAAAUAUAAAGGCAACUUUGUUAAUGAAGAAAUGACACCCUAUUGGAUUGACGACAAAAAGACUGGCCUGAAUGUAUGUGCAGCUCUUGCUGAAAACAUUAACCCGCAAAAUAUAUCUUUGGAACUGGAAAAUAUUUCUGACUCUGAAACCUUGCUAGACUCUAUUGCAGCAAAUGUCCGAGAAAACCAUGAUUUAGAGGAAGACUUUGAACAGUUGGAAAAGAGUCAGAUUGAGAGGAAAAAUUACAUCUCCCAAGAUAGUCUUUCCACACUGGAUUCAUCUCCGAACGUUCGUUUGAUAACUGCUCACAAAGGAAAUGAUGAUGAAGUAAUAAAUCAAGCUAAAGAUCUAAAAUCUUCUAAAGCACAUUGCACUCCUCAAGAGGAAGCUGGCGGUGACACCUCUGCAGGUAUUGCUGGAAAUUCUAACUCCUUCGAUUUGAAAAAAGAACAAAAUGAGCAAACCAGUGAAGGAAGAACUGUUUCACAAUAUGCUGAUCUACUGGAUGCAGAGCUAAAUCCUGAUGGAAUCACAAAAUACAAACCUGAAUUUUUAUCUGGGGAUCAACCAGUCCAUGAUUUAAGUGAAGAUUCAACUGAUGAAAUUGAUCUUAAUGAGGACCACAUUGUUGUGGAUAAUCAUGCUCAUCUGAAGUAUUCCCAAUCUUCAAUCGAACAAGAUAUAGAAUGCACUCGUAGUAAAAUGGAUAUUGCAGAAAAUACUUCAAGCUCUCUUCUUGAGUCAAGUGUUAACCUGACAGACUCAUGCCUACAAGAUUCUUUAUCUGACAUACAGAUGGCAACCAUAUCUCAGCUAGACCUUUCCGAGACAGAUCUCCAAGAUUCCUCUUCGUCAAUGAUAGUUGAUCAUGGCUACCUGUCUGAGCAGACUAUGGAUGAGAAAGAUCAAUCUUUAUUUGAAGAGGCUUUUAAAAAUGAGAAGGAUCAGGAUGUAUCCAUGUGUGUGGAGUGCUCAUUAGAAGAGGAGGCUGAGACAGAUGCAAAUAAGCCAAGACCAUUCGAUAUAGACAACAAAACAAAUGAAGAUUUAUCAGAUGAUACAGAGUGCCGAGAAUCCGUAGAAAAUGUUCAUAACGUGUACAAGGACAUUGCUUGUCAGCUGAGCACAGUCUGUCUAGAAAGUGAGGAAAAUCUAGGUGAGCUGAAUGUUCUGCACCUUCUUGAGGCUCUCUGUGCUCUAGUCACCAAUGCUCUUGGUGUGCUCCUCUCAUUUUUUCUCUUAUGAUUGCACAGACCCCUCUUCCUAUCCCCCCCUCAAAAUACAAUCAUUAAAUAUGCCAAGCCUUCCGCUUCAGUAAAUGGAUACGGACACCACAGCUUUAUUAUACAGUUCUAACUUUACUCCAAACCUAAACCAGCAUCAAACCAUUGAAUUUAUAAAAUCCCUUAUGUGUCAGCUCCUAGAGCUCCACUUACCAUUCUGGUACUGUCCAGGAACUCAAACCUGCCAGCCCAACAUGUUCAAGAGCUUUGAGGGUUGCCCAAGGAAGAAAAGAUCACAUCAAGGGAUGGCGUACAUAAUGACAAUCUAUUUGACUCCCACCUUCCUAACCUGCAAAGCUGCUCCUUCUAGAAACCUAAGUGUGAGCCGCAGUGGCCACGCCAAUAUGAAAUUUGCUAAAAAGCUGUACACAACUGCAGCAAACAUUUCCUUAAAACACUAAUGAAUUGGAAGCAUGUCAAAGAGGAGCCGUCAACAUGAAACAAAAAUUAAGCAUUGCAGCGGAGAAGAUCUAAACGGAUGUACCUCACUAGGCAAUUAGCAGGCACCUCUACCCUGUGUAACAGCCAUGGGCUUCCUAUGUUAAAGGUGGACCUCCUCAGUAAGAACUAUUGCAUCUUCAUGCGAC